AUGGGUUCCUUGUCACCAUACCUCAACAUUGACCCCAACUACCUGGCUAUUGACUCUGAACCCCAGUUUAUCAUGCCAGAUGGGGCUAACCAACAUAGGGGUAGAUUCGAGUUGGCCUUCUCGCAGAUCGGUGGCUCUGUGUGUGUAGGUGCUGCAGUAGGUGGAACGAUGGGCCUGUACACGGGAUUGAAGGAAACGAAAGUCGCUCAGAUUACGGGGCCAGUUAGGCGGACUCAAUUAUUGAACUUUAUAACGAAGAGAGGAGCAUCUUCUGCCCAAUCACUUGGUGUUAUAGCUCUGAUAUACAGUGCGUUCGGUGUGGUACUAUCGAAAUCGCGAGGAGCCGACGAUGAGAUUAACACAUUAACAGCUGCUACUGCUACUGGAUUGCUGUACAAGUCGUCUGGUGGCUGGAAGAAGGCGCUGCGUGGCGGGGGUGUCGGGUUGGGCCUGGCCGUGGCCUACUGCCUCAUCAACAGCAGGGAGAACGUUAAGAAAAUAUUGGGCAUCAGCAGAUAG